AUGUCAAAAAAAGAAGUUACAGAAACUGAUCGGGUCACCCGUUCAAGCAGUUCUCAACGGACAACAGAUAAAAACGAAAACAAACAAGGAUCGAAUUGUAGUGGGACGAACAACAGGAAUUCGUUUGCAUUUGACAUACAACAAAUCAUGCAGAUGUUCGCGGAAAUGAAGGCUGAAAUGAAGGCUGAUGCCGACCGGCGAGAAAAAAAGCAAUCCGCUGAUGCCGAUAGACGAGCGAAAAAACAAAACGCUGAAAUGAAGGCUGAAAUGAAACAGCAAAACGCUGAAAUGAAGGCUGAUGCCAACCGUCGAGCAGAAACAAGCGAUAAACAAUUUGCGGAAAUGAAGAAAAGUAGUCAUCACGUUAAAGAAGAGGAAGAUGAUGACAACAAUGAUAAAGAUUACAUCAAUCCGGAUGACGAUUCUGAAGUAAUCGGCAGAUUGACUGACGAAAAGAACGAGUUGAAUGAACUCACAAAAUCAAGUGAUUCAGAUGACGAAAAGUUAAACAAAGAUAGACUGGAUAGACUGGACAGACUUGAAAAAGAUCUUAAUGAAAUAACAACAGAAAGAAAUAUUCCCAAGAGUAAAGGUCGAAAUAAGCAACAGGAACAUAAAGAAAUUGAAAGACCGAAACAGGAGGAUACAGAUGAGAUGAAAGAACAGGAAGAUGAAAAUGACAGAGUGAAGUAG